UACAUGCCUUUCCCACUCCCUUACCCGCCAUGUGCGAUGCUAACAAGUCCAGACCUUAUCAAAUACGACACCCCGCAUCUCGGUCCCCGCAUCCAGCUCAUGCUGACCCAACUUGAAUUCAAGCUCAGUGUCGAAAAACAGUACAAGGAUGGUAUUGAGAAGAUGGUUCGCCUAUACCAAAUGGAAGGCGACCGCAAGAGCAAGCAGGAUGCCGAAGCCAAGCGCAUCGAGAGUAACCAAAAGAUCCAGUUGCUCAAGCACUCGCUGAAGCGGUACGAGGAUCUGCAUGUUGACAUUGACGGCGACGGCGACGAUAACGAUAGUCUCGAUAUUCCCAGCCAAAGAAAACCGCUGAGCGGCCAGCUGUCUCUGCGCAUACAUGCCGUUGCCGAUGUUGAUCACGCAGCUACUGGGCGCUUUAGUCGGGGCCCAGAAACUUUUGUCAACAUCAAGGUCGAAGACACCAUCAAAGGCCGUACCAAGCCUACAAGGAAUGACCGCUGGACCGACGAAGUCCAUGACUUCAGCAUCGACAAGGCAAACGAGAUUGAAAUCACAGUCUACGACAAGACAGGCGACCAUCUUCUGCCCAUUGGCAUGCUAUGGGUGCGCAUAUCCGACAUUGCCGAGGAGAUGCGCAGGAAGAAGAUUGAGACGGAGCUCGCAAACUCUGGCUGGGUCGCUGCUGACAAGAUGGGAGGCCACACUGGAAUCCAGCCCGACAUGCAAUUUCAGCCACCCCCAGGACAAACCCCCGCUGGCGGUCCUGGUGGAGGCCCUACUCCUGCCGGUGUGAGACCGCCUGGUGCCCCACAGCCGCAGACUGGACCUAUCAUGAUUGAUGAUUGGUUCUCACUGGAGCCGGUUGGCCGCAUCCAUCUCACAAUGUCAUUUAUCAAGAACACGGGCAACAAGCAGCCCUUUGAUCUUGGUCUCGGUCGUAAGGGUGCUGUCCGUCAACGCAAAGAGGACGUGGUCGAGCAGUAUGGACACAAGUUUGUGCAGCAGCAGUUCUACAACGUCAUGCGCUGCGCUCUCUGUGCCGAAUUUCUUAAGUAUGCUGCAGGCAUGCAAUGUUCCGACUGCAACUAUACCUGUCACAAGAAAUGCUAUCCCAAAGUCGUCACAAAGUGCAUCACCCAGUCCAACGCCGAGACCGAUCCCGACGAGGCAAAGCUCAACCACCGAAUUCCACAUCGUUUCGAGAACUUUUCCAACAUGGGUGCCAAUUGGUGCUGUCACUGCGGUUACGUUCUUCCGCUUGGUCGGAAGCAGACUAAGAAGUGUAAUGAAUGUGGCCUCACUUGUCACGCUCACUGCGUUCAUUUUGUACCAGAUUUUUGCGGAAUGUCCAUGGAAGUCGCCAACCAGAUUCUAAUGGAGAUUAAGAGAACCAGAAGAGGCCAAUCUUCAUCAGGUCCUGGUAUGAGCCAGCGCACUCUGAGACCGCAAUCGGCGGCGAAGCCAUUGCCACCGACGCAACCUCAAUCUCCUGGACAGCCAGGCCAGGAAUCACCAACCCAAUCCGACAGGUACUCCUACGGCAAGGAACAGAUGAGUCCUCCACCCGGCCCGCCACGACAGCCAUCUUAUCCUUCAUCAGCAACUUCAGUUGAUGCUGCACGCGCCUCUUACUCAACAACGGGAACGGGAUCCACUGGGGCUCCCACAUCGCCGACUUCGGGAUCGAGACCCCCUUCGGGCCCACGCACUCAGUCUUCAGUAGCUGCGGCCGCAGCAGCAAUGAACAAGGCCACACAACCUGGGUAUGGCCGCAGCAACACAGAUUACUCACCGCAAAGUGGACGAUCAUCUGGCAGUGGAUAUCCAACAGAGCAACGCAUGUCACAGCAGCAAGCACCCCAACCGGCGGCCUAUGACCCAUCAGUCUACGCCAACAUUCCAAGCUACCCACCAAGUCACCAACAGCCCGCGCCUGUGCCGUCCUACCCAACGAAAUCCUCCUAUCCUCUGCCUCAACCCCCGCCGCCACAAUCGCCGCCACAACAUCCGCAGCAACCAACGCCUUCGCAACAAAAGAUGCCGGAGCCGCAGGCGCUCACCCAGCAGCCUCCAUCCGCAGUGGGAGAAGCACCAGGAAAGAAGGUUACGCCCGCAGCCAACACACAGGGUACUGGCAAGAGGAUAGGAUUGGACCACUUCAACUUCCUUGCUGUGUUGGGUAAAGGUAACUUUGGAAAGGUCAUGUUGGCUGAAACAAAGACGACCAAGCAGCUCUAUGCCAUCAAGGUUCUGAAGAAGGAGUUCAUUAUCGAGAACGACGAAGUGGAGAGCACGCGCUCGGAGAAGAGAGUGUUUUUGAUUGCCAACAAGGAGAGGCAUCCCUUUUUGCUGAACCUCCACGCCUGUUUCCAAACCGAGACACGAGUCUACUUCGUCAUGGAGUACAUCAGUGGUGGUGAUCUGAUGUUGCACAUUCAACGUGGGCAAUUCGGCACAAAACGCGCACAGUUCUAUGCAGCCGAGGUCUGCCUCGCCCUCAAGUACUUCCACGAGAACGGUGUCAUUUACCGAGAUUUGAAACUCGACAAUAUUAUGUUGACUCUUGACGGACAUAUCAAGGUUGCCGAUUAUGGUCUAUGUAAAGAGGAGAUGUGAUUCUCUUGGACAAGAAGUACGGACGCGCAGUUGACUGGUGGGCAUUUGGUGUUCUUAUCUACCAGAUGCUCCUCCAGCAGUCGCCUUUCCGUGGUGAAGACGAAGACGAAAUCUACGACGCUAUUCUUGCCGACGAACCGCUCUACCCCAUCCACAUGCCGCGCGACUCUGUAUCAAUUCUACAGAAGCUGCUCACCCGUGAGCCUGAGAUGCGUCUAGGAUCUGGGCCGACUGAUGCACAGGAGAUUAUGUCCCAUGCCUUCUUCAGGAACAUCAACUGGGACGACAUCUACCACAAGAGAGUACAACCGCCAUUUAUUCCACAGAUUACGAGCCCA